GGCAGGCAGAGCCACGGAGUACCUUAUCUAAGUGGCAGGGGGGCAGAAACCACAUCCAGGAUACAGAGGCUCACUUCCCACACAGUGAUUUGGAAGAGUUCAGAGAUUGCCCCUGUAGUCAUAGAAGUCAUGGAGGAGCAGACAGGCUCUCCUGGAGCCAAUACUGACAGCAACAACCAGAGAAAUGGAGAUGAGAAACCCCGACGUGGCAGCUGGACCAAGGGGAGGAAGAGGAAGAAGCCAAUGAAGGACAGCAAUGCACCCAAGGCCCCCCUAACGGGCUACGUUCGCUUCAUGAACGACAGACGGGAGCAGCUACGGGCAGAGCGUCCAGACGUGCCCUUUCCAGAGAUUACGAGGAUGCUGGGCAAUGAGUGGAGCAAGCUGCCCCCUGAGGAGAAGCAGCGAUACUUGGAUGAGGCAGAGCGAGAUAAGGAGCGCUACAUGCGGGAGCUGGAGAAGUACCAGAAGACAGAGGCCUACAAACAUUUCACCAGGAAGGUCCAGGAGAAGCAGAAGGGCAAGCGGCACAGGGGAGAUGUUGGGCACCAGGUAUCCAACGAGGCCCUGCACGAGAAGGAUGCAGAAGGGAAGGACAGAACUGUGUUUGACAUACCAAUCUUCACAGAGGAGUUUCUCAACCACAGCAAAGCACGUGAAGCUGAGAUGCGGCAGCUACGUAAGACCAACAUGGAGUAUGAGGAGCGUAACGCGGCGCUGCAGAAGCAUGUGGAGAGCAUGCGCGGGGCAGUGGAGAGGCUGGAAGGCGACGUGAUGCAAGAGAGGGGACGCAAUGGCCUCCUCCAGCAACACCUGGAGACCCUGCGUCAGGCGCUCACCUCCAGCUUCUCCUCUUUACCUCUGCCAGGUAGUGGAGAGACACCCACCCUUGAAACCAUUGACUCCUACAUGAAGAAGCUCCACAGCAUCAUUGUCACUAACCCCCAAGAACACGAGAAUCUCAUCAACACUGUGAGAGACGUUGUCAACCGUCUGGACAGGUAAGAGAUAAUUGGACCAAGACCACCUGAUUUGAUGGAUUGAGAUUCGCAGCGACAUUGAGCAGAUGCUGUUUCCAGGUUGAUGCUUUGCUCCCUGACAGUGAAUCUUCCUGUCAAUCUGUCAUCUCAUCCCAGUUGAUUUUAAAACAUCUUUUAAUACUCUGCUAAGGUGAUGUAGGUGAAGGUGAUGUAGCGUUUCAUAUUUAUUUAUUGGUUGUUCUUUUUUUUUUUUUUUUUACAUUUUUUACACAUUUUUAUCUUUCACACUUUAUUAACAUAGCUGUAGUUUGUUUUCUAAAAUAAUCAGAUGACAGGACAUGAAACUCUUUUCUGUUACUCCUUGCUCCUGUUCUGUCUUCACUGUCCAUUUAUAGCAAAAGCUUCCACAACAAUAUCUAAGCCACUACAUUUUGUAUCAGAUCAAAGAAAAGUGUGUCAGUGGGUUUGUAUUUACCACAUCCAAGAAAUAUUGUUAAGCAGACUUUCAGUUGAAGAAAAAAAAUGUGCCAUUUCUUUUUUUUUUCCUUUGUG